GUCUCCACUCUGCUGGUAGCUUUCAGGGGACUGGGAAAUUGGCUGUACGUGAAACAGGAAGGAGCCUACUAAGUGAGGUGUUGUGAGUCUAUAGAGCAUCGCCGCGGAGUUAGGGUGGAUUCUGGUACAAAGUGACCUUCAACCUUACGAAGCCCGGAGAAGCCAGUACUGCUGGGAGUGAGGGCGAGUCAGAGCUCCUCGAGGCGCUCUCUCUGAAGGAGCGGAUGGCAAGAUACCAGGCAGCUGUCUCCAGGGGUGACGCCCGCAGCUUCUCUGCUAACGUCAUGGAAGAAUCUGAAGUAUGCACAGUGCCAGGUGGCUUAGCCAAGAUGAAGAAACAAUUUGAGAAGGAUGAAAUGACUUCAACCAGGAAUGACUUUUCUGAGUAUCAAUACCACCACCAGAGCAGAUCUGAGCAGGAAGCAAUCCACAGCAGUCAAGAGAUGAGAAAGAAUGAACAAGAAUUCUAUAAAGCACAUGGAACCGAUGUCUUCAAAACAGAAAUGAUGUCACAUCUUGAAAAGCACACUGAGGAAGUAAACCAAGCUUCACAGCUCCGUCAGUAUGUUCAAGAAACAGUCAUUGAUACAGCCGAGGAUGAAGAGAUGCCUAAGGUUUCCACAAAGAUUUUGAAAGAGCAAUUUGAGAAGUCUGCUCAGGAAAAGUUUCUCUACUCUGACAGAGAAACCACAACUCCAUCCAGGUGCAUAAAGAUUGAAAAUGACAGUGAAGAAUCCUUAAAGCCAUCAUCAGCUGUGGGUACCUCUUCUUCUUACACUUCAAGCAGCCAGAGGAAGGAAACCUCAACCUCAAGUUAUAGCAAUCACAGUGUCACUUCAACAUCCCUGGCACAAGUUAAUGGCCCUCCUUCAGGGAAGAUGGAAGAAUUUCCUCCUCCCCCACCUGACGUACUUCAGACACCAAUGGAUAGGACAGCAUUUUCCCAGUCCCCUGAAUUCCCCAGCCCCCCUAGAGGACUACCAAUCCCCAAAGAUUUAUAUACCAAACAAAGAAAUUUGUAUGAAUUAAACCGUUUAUAUAGACAUAUCCAUCCCGAGUUAAGGAAAAACUUAGAAAAGGAUUACAUCAGUGAGGUUUCUGAAAUUGUUUCUAGCCAGAUAAACUCAGGAAACUCCAUUUCGGCAGAUGUGCAACAAGCUCGGUAUAUUUUUGAAAAUACAAAUGACAGUUCUCAGAGAGAUCCGAACCAAGAAAACCUGGAAUGGGAUGAAAUUCUGAAAGGAGAGGUGCAGUCCAUGCGAUGGAUUUUUGAGAAUCAACCAUUAGAUUCUAUCAAAAAUGGCUCUACAGACGAAGGGUCCACUUUCAAGGGUGCUGCUGACCAAGAACUCAUUGCUGGGGGUGAUGUGAAAUACACAACUUGGAUGUUUGAGACUCAGCCAAUAGAUGCCCUAGGGGUUCCUUCUACUGGCACUGAAGGAAACACAGAGAAAAUUCCUGAGCUAGCUAGAGGAGAUGUUUGCACAGCAAGGUGGAUGUUUGAAACAAGGUCUUUAGACUCGAUGAACAAAAUGCACCAAAGUCAAGAAGAAACAGCACAUACUGCUAUAAACGACAUAACUGGAGGAGACGUUACGACUGUGAGGUACAUGUUUGAAACUCAAAACCUGGAUCAGCUUGGACAGCUUCACUCUGUGGAUGAAGUUCACUUAUUACAACUCCGAUCCGAGCUCAAAGAAAUUAAAGGAAAUGUUAAGAGGAGCAUAAAGUGUUUUGAAACUCAACCACUCUAUGUCAUCAGAGAUGGUUCAGGCCAAAUGCUAGAAAUUAAAACUGUGCAGAGAGAAGACAUUGAAAGGGGGGACGUGAGAACAGCACGUUGGAUGUUUGAAACACAGCCUUUGGACGCAAUUAACAAAGAUAUCACAGAAAUUAAAGUUGUUCGAGGAAUAUCCAUGGAAGAAAAUGUCAAAGGUGGGGUGAGUAGAGCAAAGUGGUUAUUUGAAACUCAACCCCUGGAGAAAAUCAAAGAAGAGUCAGAUGAGGUUGUCAUCAACAAAGAAGCCAUCAUAGGUACAGAUGUCUCUAAGAAGUGCUGGAUGUUUGAAACACAGCCGUUAGACAUUCUAAAAGAAGUCCCUGAUGCAGAUACUACAUCACCUGAAGACAGAAUAGGAGGUGACGUAAAAACCACCAAGCAUCUAUUUGAAACGUUUCCAAUAGAAGCUUUAAAAGACAGUCCUGAUGUAGGAAAGCUUCAAAAAAUUACUGCCUCUGAAGAAGAAAAAGGAGACGUUAAGCACCAAAAAUGGGUUUUUGAAACUCAACCUUUAGAAGACAUUAGAGAAGGUAAGAAGGAGUACACGAGAACAGUGAGGCUAGAAGCAGUUGAUAGAGGUCAGGUAAAGAACUACACGCAUAUCUUUGAGGCCAAUAAUUUAACUAAGGUUGAUGCAUCACAUAAAAAUGAGGUGGAAGGAGUCACCAAAGGCACUGUGGAGUUGAAUAAAUCUCUCUUCGAGACAACCCCACUGUAUGCUAUUCAAGACCGUCUUGGAAAAUACCAUCAAGUAAAGACAGUUCAGCAGGAAGAAAUCCUCACAGGAAACGUAAGAAGCUGUAGGUGGCUUUUUGAAACAAGGCCCAUUGACCAAUUUGAUGAAAGUCUUCAUAAAUUUCAGAUAAUUAGAGGAAUAUCUGCUCAAGAAAUCCAAGCAGGGAGUGUGAAAGCUGCUGGAUGGUUGUUUGAAACUCAGCCUCUUGAUUCAUUUAAAUAUUUUAGUAAUGAGGAGGAAACAGAAAGCAAAAUUGAACAAACUACAAAUGUUGUUAAAGGAGAUGUCAAAACCUGUAAAUGGCUCUUUGAGACCCAGCCAAUGGAGUCUCUUUAUGAAAAGGUUUCCUUGGCGACAAACACCGAAAAUAUUCAUAAGGGUGAUGUUAGAACCUGUACCUGGCUUUUUGAAACGCAGCCACUUGAUACUAUAAAAGAUGACUCAGAAGCGACAAUCAAACUACAAACUGUAAAGCAGGAUGAGAUACAAGGUGGGGAUGUUCGGACAGCAUGUUUUCGCUUUGAGACAGAAAACCUGGACAACAUACAGGGGAAGGAAGGGAAAGAAAACAAGCCUGUGGAGGUGGAUAUACAAGCUGGUGAUGUCUCUGGAAUGAAGUAUAAGUUUGAGCACCAAUCCUUAGAUUCUAUCAGUUGCAGUUCAGAGGAUGUUUUGAAUAAGAUCAAAACCCUAAAAACUGAAGACAUUCAGAAAGGCAAUGUGUUAAAUUGUAGGUGGCUAUUUGAAAACAUACCCAUUGAUACGAUAAAAGACAAUCAAGAGGGUGAUGGAUUGGUUAAGACAGUGACAGACAUACAAGGAGGAAAUGUGAGGAAGGGGUGCUUCAUUUUUGAGACGUUUUCUUUGGAUGAGAUUAAAGAAGAAUCCGAUGGUGUACGCACCAGGGAAACGAAUAAUGAAGAAGUCAUCAAAGGUGAUGUGAAGAGCUACAGAAUGCUCUUUGAAACACAGCCGCUCUAUGCAAUUCGAGAUCAAGAAGGGUUUUACCAUGAAGUGACUACUGUUAAAAAAGAAGAAGUAAUUCAUGGAGAUGUACGAGGAACGAGGUGGCUCUUUGAAACAAAACCAUUAGACUCAAUUAAUGAAUCGGAAGAUGUGUAUGUUAUUAAAUCUGUCACCCAGGAAGACAUUCAGAAGGGGGACGUGAGUUCUGUCAGAUACAAAUUUGAAACUCAACCACUGGAUCGGAUCUCAGACGAAUCACAUGCUAUUGUGCACACUGCGGAUUCGAUUCAAGGAGGUGACGUGAAGACGAGCAAACAAUUCUUUGAGUCUCACAGUGGCGACAAGAAGAAAUACAUAAGAACAGUGAGUGUCAACGAAGUGCAAAAGGGCAACGUUAAGACUUCUACUUGGCUCUUUGAAACUCGCAGCAUAGAUGAACUGGGAGCAGGGUCUGGAUAUGACACCAUCAAGACUGUUACCCAGGAAGAGGUGCGGAAAGGUGACGUUAAGAAUGCAGUGUGGCUCUUUGAAAAUCAAGCAUUGGAUUCUAUUAAGGAAAUAGACGAAAGUGAUGCAAAAAUGACCAAAGAAGAAAUUCCUCCAUCAGAUGUCAAGACAACUACAUGGCUCUUUGAAACAAAACCUAUUCAUGAAUUUAAUGAAACAAGAGUAGAAAAGGUAGAAAUUAUUGGCAAAAGCAUCAAAGAAACUUUGGAAGACCUCUACUCUCAGAGAGUUAUUGAAGCUCCUGGAAUUAUCAUUGAAGCUGAUGAAGUUGGCGAUGUCCGAAUGGCAAAAUACAAGCUCAUGAACCAAACAACCCCUGAGAUACAGAAAGAAGCUGUUAUCAGGGCUGAUCUCAGAAGCAUAAUGUUAAAUUUACUUUCCCAAAGGGACUGUACAAAGAAAGAGAUAUUUGUCAGUGAAGAGGAGAAGGGAAAUGUCAAUUUGACUAAAACUCAAUUAUUAAACAGAUCAACUGAAUUUCAUACUGAAAAGGAAGAGAUAGUGAGAGGGGAUGUUAAACAAGCAAUAAAAAAGCUGCUCUCGGAGGAAAAAUACACAAAGAAAGGCAUCUUGAUUCAAGAAGAUGAAAAGGGAGAUAUCAACAUGACUAUCUACUGUCUUCUUCAUGAAAAUGCCAGGGACAAGACUGAACGUGAAGACAUGAUAGGAGGUGAUGUGAGAGGCGCCAUUCAUAACCUGCUAUCUUCGCCAUCAAAUGGUAAAAUACCUGCAAGAACAAAAGUCAACGCUUCAGAGAGGGGAAACGUUCAGUUCUUCACAACAUGCAUAGAAACCGGAGCUUUAGAUUACCUCAAACAACUUCAAGCAGGGACGAAUGAAACACUCACAGCCACGGAACAAGAGGGAGAGGGAGCCAUAAUCAGGGGUGAUGUGGAGGGCACAAAACUGUUACUAAAGGAAAGGCAAUCUCUGGUUGAACGUACCGUUCAUGAAACUGACAUCAUCCCAGGAGAAGUGCACAAUACAGUUAACGUCCUCAUGGCUGGGUCUCAGGGUUCAUCUUUCAAGACACAGAAAGAAGAGAAUAUAAAAGGUGAUUUGAACUCAACCCUAAACUCUCUCAGCCAGGCCAAGAAUCAGAAAACAGUGUCGAAAGCAGAGGAAAUUGUAAACUGUGACAGGCUUACCACACUAGAGUCACUUAAGGAGUCAAGCCACAGACAGAAAGAAUCUAAACAAUCUGGUGGCAUCUCUGGUGAUCUUGAGCAAGCUAUUGCGUGCCUUGAGAAGGCUACAAAUACAAGGACUGAAAUACUGAAAAAAGAGAUGAUACUAGAUGACCUUGAAACAUCAUUAAGGUCUUUGAAAGAAGCACAGCAGGGUUUCAAAAAGGUGGAUAGAGCAGGGCUAAUCAAAGAAGAUGCACUAGCUGGAACAGUGGGAUUCGCAGAACAACAAAAAGUAGAGAUUCGACCAGCUACUGUCCAGAGAGACAAAAAAAGUCUUCUCCAACCAAUGCCAGGACCGUUUGAGCCAGCAACCAGGCAGCAAGCAGGACCAGGCCCUCUCCAUGAAACCAUGCAGCAAUCGUUCAACCAGCCUUUAACAGAAGAAAGAUCUGAGGUUCAUCUUCCCAGAGCCCCGAAGGGCACUGUCAAGAUUGUUGUUGAUCGGGAACAAAACAAUGAUGCUCUAGAGAAAAACCUUAGGAAGAUGUCUAAUCCAGAGCACAAAGCUGUGAGAAAUGCCUUAGACAUGGGUGACAGAACUGGCAUCUGGACUGAGAGCAAAGAAUAUCUGUGUGGUGGCAACAAUAUGAGCAAACAGUUAACUACAACCAUGGCAAUGAAGGAAAAUGUAAAAACCAAGGAAUCAGAGAAUGUGAGGGCGUCGAAGGAUGCUAUCCUUAACUUCUCCCAGUCUGUAGACAAAAUGUUUAGAAAGCAGCAGACUCAAACGAGUGAAGUAGGGAAUGAUUACCAGAAGUCUCAGUCCUGGGAUUCUUAUGGGAAGAGUCAAAAUAAAAGGAAAAAUGUAAAUAUAUCACCAGGGGCACAAAGUUAUACGCCAGAUCCCACCCAACAUCCCACCAACAAGACAGCUGAAGAGAUGCAUGGGGCAACCAGGGACUCUCGGGAGCAAGCCUUGCUAAGUCAGGAAACAUGGUAUUCUAAUAAAGAUAUGAAGAAAAAUGAUAGGAGCCUUCAACCUUUACCUGUAGGUAAGGAUGUCCAUGGACUAACAGGAAUGAGAGUCUCUGGGAAAGGCCACAAAACAUUUCAGGCAACUGACAAAAACCAGAAAAUUGAUGUUCGUCUAGAAAGCCAGGACUUUCUAAUGAAGACAAAUACUUCCAAAGAGUUGAAAAUGGCAAUGGAGAGGUCCCUUAAUCCAAUCCACCUUCACCCUGAGUGUCAUGUAAAAGAAAAUGAGGACUCGCUUCCACCUCCAUCUCCUCCUCCUCCACCUUCCAAUGCAUCAUCCGAAAUUGAAUUUCCUCUUCCCCCUCCACCACCUUCAAUGUUGUUGCCUGAAAAGAAUGAGCUUCUUCCCUCUUCAUCCACAGAGAAGACAAGGACUGAAUUUGAAAACUUCCCAAGUCUCCCUCUUCCUCCACCACCAGUAGAUGAGAAAUCAGAAGAACGUCUGUCAGCAUCCCUACCUCCUCCACCUCCUCCAACACAGCUUCUGCUCCCCUCUGCCCUAGAAAAUCGCAGUGAACCACUCUGGCAGCAGCAUUCCCAAACUGAAUCCUCAGGCUCUCAGCAGAUUCACUCUCAGCCUAAAACCCUAACAGGAAAAACGCCACCUCCUACACUCCCCAAACCCAAACUUCCCAAGAGAAUUAAAGAUAAGAUCAGUCAGCAGUACCCAAAUGGCGAAUUGGGAAAAUCUGUGUCAGAUAUGGAAAUGAAAACCAUCCUCCCGAAGGAUCAGGAAAGAUCAGGGGUGGCAGUAAACAGUGAGCAUACUGAGACAAAGCAGGAGGUAUUCAGAGAAAGCCUUGGUGAAAGAAAACAGCUGUCAAUCCACUCAGCAAACUCUCUAUCUCAGACAGUUCCAGAAGUCUCAGCUCCCAGGGGUAAACAGACAGCACCCCUAGUUAAAUCCCACUCACUUCCAUCGGGUUCAGAGCAACAAAGCCCAAAGCCUUACAUGAGAAAAUUUAAGACACCUUUAAUGAUUGCUGAAGAAAAAUACAGACAACAAAGGGAAGAGCUUGAGAAACAGAGACAGGAGAAUUCUUACCAUAGCACUGUCAAAACAGAAACCUACCAUCAAAACAUAUCAGAGAAGGAGAAAGAAACAGCGUCACAAAAAGCAGCUGAGAAAGUCCCCAUACCCAGGAAGGAUUUGGACUUGACUAAGAACAGGGCUGUGCUUGCAGGUGUGAGCUCUGACAGCCAACUCUCCACAGCCUCUGCAUUGGCAGUUGCUACUGAGAGACUCCAGCAUGUUCUAGCAGCUUCAGAAGAUAAGUGUACCAUGAGAAAGGAAGGUAUACAAAGCUCAAAGGACAUGCAACAAUCAAAAUCAGCUUGUGAAAUUAGCCAGAAUUAUAAGGAACAUAAGACACAACAAACACUUAUGGAAACAUUGCCCUUUCCCGAAAGCAAAUCAAAUUUCCCAAGUAUCAAAGUGAAAACUAUCAAGCUCCCAACACUAGAUCAUACAUCAACUGAAAUAGAUCUCAGUUCUGGAAGUCACAUAAAGCAAUCUGAAGUUGACGCCCAAACCAUCACUAAACAAAUGAAUCAGGAAAUCAAGAAAACCCAAACAAAGACACGGUGUGAUGAUAAGCAAUCUGUGCCUGAAAAAUCUUUUCCGUUACCUAAAACGGAGAAAACGGUGACAAUACAAAUGCCUGAAGACUCUUCAGGGAAAAAUCACAAGAGUAAACUCAAAACACCUCCCAAGAAGCAGAGCAGAUUUGGGGAGCUUGACAGAGGAAAUGUCCUAGGGCGUGAAGGAAGUCGUCAGGACUCAUACAUGAGCAGUUCCAAAGAGGACAGAUUAACAGACCGAAAGCAAGAGCAUCUGCAGGACCAGAGAGUACCGAGGGUAGUCCAAAAGAAGAUUUUUGAUGCAUGUCUAGACACACGGACUCAGAAUUUUCAGCAAACACAAAUACAAACAUCUGGGAGUACAGUUGAACACAAAAAACUGCCUGAUGUGACAGAGAAAAAAUGUCUUAGAGACCAGGACAUUCAACAGACCCAUGUCACUCUUAACACUGAGGGUUCAAAGCAAGAGAUAAUACAGCACGAGUCUCCAUUUUCCUCUGUGAAAGAAUCCCAGCAGAAUGAUGGGAAAGGUGCCAUAAAUAUAUUGGAAUUCUUGAGAAAACGUGAAGAACUACAGCAGAUUUUGUCUAGAGUAAAACAGUUCGAAGCAGAGUCAGAUAAAAGUGGCCUUCAAACAUUUCAGACACUGUUAAAUAUCGUUCCGGUAUGGCUGAUAAGUGAAGAAAAAAGAAACUAUGGAGUUCGUGUUGCCAUGGAGAAUAAUUUAGAAAAAGCCAAAGAAGAAAUAACACAUAUUAAAACUCAAGCAAAGGAUAUGCUUGCGCACUGUGAACAUGUAAUUCAAACAGUCAUGAUGGCCUCCCAAACAGGAAAGCAGAGAGAUAAGCCUACCCAUCUUAAUGAAAUGUCAUUGAAAGUGUCUAAUGUCAAUGCCAGCUUGAAUAAAUGCACUGAGCAGCAAGAAAAUAAAACUGGAGAAGAAAAAUUACCACAGCACCAAGUAACAAUGACUCCUGAUCAAGAAAAUAAAGUUGGAGAAAAAAAAUCAUCACACUGCCAAGUAGCAAUGACCCGUGGCCCUGCUGAGACACAUCAGGAGCCUAAGGGAGAUUAUAAGGCUGCUCCUCCCUCUCUGAAAACUCGUCCACCAUCACCAACAUUCAUUACAAUAGAGUCCACUGCCCGCCGAGCAGAAACCUCCACCAAGAGUGAGCUUUCUCAGUCCCCUAAAAAGAACAGUUGUACUGAACCUCCACCCAGAAGACGCACAGAGCAAACAUCUAGACUUCCCAGAACAGGCACCUCCCCAUCCCCACCAAGGGGCCGCUCUGAACAACUCGUUAGACUCAAAGACACCACGGCCAGGUUAGCCAGAGGUAGCAUCCCAUGCUCACCAGGGACCCCAGUUCCGAUGGUAGAGAAGAGAUCAGAAGUGAUCGUGUCUCCAGCCACACUCCGCAGGCAAAUUAAGAUAGAAAGUCAUGCCAGGGACUCUCCACCAGCCGUCACGAUACCUGUAAAUGUGAACCACGUCGUGAGUGGUUCCUUCCGAGAAUCUGUAGCAGCUCAAGAGGAAAGGAGAGAAACAGAGAAAAAGGAGACGUAUGUUCAUAAAGAUGAAAUGAAUUCAAUCGACAACACAAUGCCAGAAAUGGAAAGCUAUGAUGCAGUCGAAAUCAUCCGCAAGGUGCAAGGGCCUCGCCUAUCAGAACACACAGAGAGAUUUGAAGCCGCUACCAAUCAAACGGUUCAAAUGGCUGAACGUUUUCUGAAUGGCCAUGAAAAUGAAAUGCACAGAUGGUUUAGGGAAUUUGAGAAUGACCCAGUUUUUGGAGCAAAGACGGAUAGAAGAGCUUAUGCAAACGGUGAAAUAAACCGCAACAUGAAACAAGAAAGUCACACAUUUUGUAAGGAGGAGUUUGGAUUAGCAUCUUCUGGAAAUGCUAACUUUCCAGGCUUUUCCUACAGACAUCCUAGAGAGUACCAAGAAACAGUUUCUACAAUGCAGCCCAGGGUUUACUCUGAAGCAAGGUCUCUCAGUGAGCACUUCUUAGACAUAGAUGCAUUUGACAGUCAGAUCAUUGGGUCAAAGGUAGCAACCUCAUCGACACAUAGCUCGGAUGCAGGCAGGUCUGGCUUUGACAUCAGGCAUGCUCCACCAACCUAUGAAGACGUGAUUGCUGGCCACAUCCUAGACCUUGCGGAUUCACCUCCAAGUCAUAGAAGAGAUUUUCAGAAGACGUGGCAGGAGAGCGAAAGGAUUUUUGAGCACUUGGGCUAUGAAACCUCCAAUGCACGUGCAACUGAAAUGAGCCGGGCCUUCCAGGAGGAAUCUGCCUUCAUACGUGACAAGGAAAUCUGCGUAAUCUGUCAAAAGACGGUUUAUCCAAUGGAAUGCCUCGUAGCAGACAAGCAGAAUUUUCAUAAAUCUUGUUUCAGAUGCCAUCAUUGCAGCAGUAAACUGAGUUUGGGAAAUUACGCAUCACUUCAUGGACAAAUAUACUGCAAGCCCCACUUUCAACAACUUUUUAAGUCUAAAGGAAAUUAUGAUGAAGGUUUUGGACACAAACAGCAUAAAGAUCGAUGGAAUUGCAAAAUCCAAAGCAGCUUAGUUGAUUUAAUUCCCACUGAAGAACCCAGUGUGUGUGAAAACCCUGCAGCAGAUACCCUCUUGUCUGGGGAUCUUACUAAACAUGCAGAGGUUUUUAACAGCGAGUGGCAAAACGAUGAUUUGAGAAAAUGGGGGGAGAGAGGAAAAUUAAAAAUUGUUUGGCCUCCUUGCCAGGAGAUGCCUAAGAAAAGCUCUCCCCGUGAGGAAGAACUCAAAGUGAGUAAGCCUAAAUGGCCACCUCACGUGACAAUCCCUGUUUCUUCAGAAUUUAAAAGGGAGUCGCCGACAGAGCACGUGAAAAGCAUGGAGAAUCAAGGGGAAGAGCCAGAGAGCUUCCCUGUCCUACAACUGUGUCAGCACCACGCGUGUCAGAAAGAGGACAUUGCGGUAGUCCAAGAAAUAAAAGUGUAUGAAGCAAGAAAAGAGGAGAAAGAGGGAAAGAGAAAUGCGCAAGAUAAGCUGGAUGAAGCUGAGGGUGUAGCAAACAAAAGAAAAAGCGGGAUGGAUCUUUACGACAGUCACCUGUAUGUGCAGAGCGACGCAAAGGAGAAAAACGGACAUGCUAAUGAACCUGAUGGCGCAGAAGCUUUACAAGUUACAAACCCUGGUGCUGAUGUGGGGCCAGAGAUCCACAGACAGAACUUCAAUAACAACAACAAUAACAAUUCGGUAGCUGUCCCCUCUCUGAAGAAUGGCAGGCAGGAGAAACCUAUUUUAGAACGUCCUUAUCUAGUGCCGUCGGCCAGUGAAGCAAACAGCUACUAUGCAAGUGAAUAUCAAAUCAAAAAGUUAAAACAGACAUCUAGGAUCUCAGAGUUACUUGGUAUCUUUGAAUCCGAAAAGCCGUCCUCCAAGAAGGUCCUAUCCAUGGCUCUGGAGAAAAGAGCUGACAGAGUGACUGCAGGCAGUCCUGAACAGUUCGCUCCGGAGCCAGGCUUCCGGCAGGGCUUAUCAGUUAAAGAGGAAAGCCGUGCAGCCUCUCCUGAUAUCAACCUCUUACCCAUGAAAGGAAACCAUGAAAAUAACAAAAACGUACACCUUUUCUUUUCUAACACCGUGAAAGUCUCUUCUUUUUCCAAGAAUCAUCACACCCUUGGGUGUGAUUUCAUAGAUUCUGUUGAUCAACUUAAAAGUACGUCACGCUUGUAUUUAAGAGAACUUGGAAACGAUGUCAGAUCCUGGCAUGGGGAAACUACAGGAGCAGCUUGGAGUGAUGGGAGAGCGGGUUUUGAUGCUGCAAGCCAAGGGUGUGCAGCUAAGCCUGUGGUUCCCAGAGUGCAGUGCCAGGCUGAGCAUCUGACCGUGGAAGAGCUGAUUAAAAGGGACAGGUGCUACAGUACCAGUGAUGCUGACUGAGACUUCUCUGGCCACUUGCGGUUCUUACUCAAGCACAGAGAGAUGUUCUCAGAUAAGAUCUCAGGAUCAUAACUCACUUAGGAUUGCAAGGAUAAUGUCUCAUAAUUUCAUCUUUCACAUCACAUUGUUUCCUGUAUCGCACUCCAUAAUUCUUCUCCACUAUUCAUUUGAGUCAGGCUUGGAUCUGAACGGCAUGCUGAGGUGAAACAAGGUAGCCAUGGUUUCUUCUCAAAUGGCCCAUGCGCUACUUGUUUCUAUACUGUAUAGUGUGCGUGAGGGUCUGUACUGCUGGCGGUUGUUGCCAUUCUUACACCUUCUCCAUAAUUUCAGAUGAAAUAAAAUUGAAUCACCUGAGAUACAA